GGGUCCUUUCAGCAACACAAGCAAUAAGAAUUUCUCUUUCUCCCAAAUUCCCCUUCUCUCUCUCGUUUUUCCUCCCUCCUAAAACCCUAGCUGCGCACAGCCUUUGUGCCACAGCCUCCCCCUUCCCUUUGCAGGUAUCAAAUUGGUGCUCUCAUUCUCGAUCUCAUGGCUUCAUCCGACGUUCCAACCUCUGUGUUGACGCUUGACGAUAUUAUGCAUGCCAUCAUCGACAUCCGGAAAGACUUGCAUGCCACAAAAGCCCGGGUGACAGAACUUGCCACUGCCAAAGUCGACGAGACGGCUGAUCCCCGUCGGCCGACGUUCAUGGGCUGGCGUCCGCCACCCUCUCGGACCACCUCCGGCAGCGCCGAUCCCGUGCCCCGCAUGCGCGUCGAAGCUCCCUCCUUUGAGUCCCUGUUGAAUAAAGUUUCCGGAGUCCUGGAGGCAACUUUAAUCUCCAUGUUUGUGGCCGGCUUGAAGCAACCCGUCCAGAGAGAGGUGAACCUCCGUAACCCUACCACGUUGCAAUCGGCUUUCGCCUUGGCUCGUGAACUGGCCGCCUGCCAUCAAGAGGCCACCACGGCGUUUGCUCCUUCGUCACGAAGGCCCUGGUCCAAUCGGCCGCUGCUGGUAUCCUUCCGCCUCCUUCGACGCAUGCACGACCGAACCCCACAGGGAACCGUCAAGCAGACCGUCCCUCACCCUCUUCAUUACCCGUGGUGGUCGUCUCCACCACCGAGAAAGCAGAACGUAGCAAAAAAGGCCUUUGCUGGUAUUGUGAUGAAAAGUGGGAUCGAUCUCAUAAUUGUCGACGACGAUUCUUGGUGCUUAUGGGUCCCGACUCCGAAGAUCCGCCCCUUACGGACGACAGCUCCGCGGACCAGGACGACUUUCCUCCCGUCAUCUCCGGUGACGUGUCCAGUAUUCACUCUAUGUCUGGGUGCCCGAGUCCCCGUUCCCUCAAAUUGGCCGGAUCCGUCAAUGGGGCAGCCGUCCAGUUGCCCCCGUACGCCGGUAUCUCUGCAGGGCCACCUCUUUGAAAUUGACUUGUUUAUGCUCGAGGUCCAUGGUCCCGAUAUUGUCCUCGGCAUUCAAUGGUUGCAAACUCUGGGCAAAGUGGCACACGAUUAUGCUAAAUUAACCAUGGAAUUCAGUUGGAAUGGCGACACCAUCACGUUACGCGGUGACUCUCCUGGACCACGCCCUGUGUCAUACAAUCAGUUAAGCGCCCUCCUUGCUACCCCCGAGCCAGUGGACCUCUACGAAGUGGUGGGUACACCUAUGGAACAGCCGCAGGUCACGACCGAAGAUCCUCAAUUCCCCGCCGACCUGCCGGAUCCCAUCCGGUCCUUGCUCACCCAUCAUGCGCCUGUAUUUGGGACGCCCACGGGACUGCCACCCGCACGCUUCUGGGACCAUCGUCGGGAGUUUGUUAUUCGAAGUGACCAGCGCAGCCUCAAGGAACUUCUUUCUCAGGUCGUCCAAACUCCGGAUCAACAAUUCUAUAUCCGUAAACUAAUGGGGUAUAAGUUUCGAAUCGAAUACAAGACAUGGGCCUCUAACCGGGUCGCGGAUGCUUUAUCACGACGUGGAGAUGACGCCGAGGUUGCAGCCCUAUUAACGACCUAUGCACGGCCACUGCCCAAACUCUUGGAAGCCAUUGCUACAGAGAACACAACCGAACAGGAACUCCUCCGGCUCCAUGAAGCCGUGGCUGCUGGCACAGCACACCCCGGGUUUACAGUCCAUUCCGGCAUCCUUUAUUAUCAACACCGACUGGUCCUGGCGUCAACCUCUUCCCUUCGUCACCAGCUGCUCACCGAGUACCACAGCUCCCCGAUGGCUGGGCACCAGGAGCCCAGCGAUACAGUGAAGAUCAUUGAUUCUUCUGUAUCUAGAUCAAUUCAACGACAAUCAACUAUGGAAGCUCAAUUGAAAGCUCUGGAAGGGAGGUUCACAGGCAUGGACGAGAGGAUUAACGUGCAAGAAAGAAAAAUGGAUCAGAUAAUGGCAAUCUUGAAGAAUUUGGAGAAUAGAGCAGGUAAGGAGAAAGAGGGAAGUCCUGCGCACGGAGGAGAUGGAGGCUAUUCACACGCAAGGACACUCAAUUUCAAUCCAAAACUGGAGUUUCCCAAAUUCGAUGGAAGCAACACAAGAACUUGGAUUAAGAAGGCCUGUAAGAACUUUUCUCUCUGUAAGAUUCCGGAAGACCAGUGGGUUGACAUUGCUAGUUUACAUAUGGUGGAUAAGGCUGAAAACUGGGUCACUAGCUACUUGUCUUUUAGAAAGUUUGUUGCUUGGCAUGAGUUUAUCAUGGAUGUAAAUGCAAGGUUCAGGGAUGAUAAGGGGGAAAACGUUGUGGAACAGUUUAAAAAGUUGGAACAAAAAGGAUCUCUUGAGUCAUAUGUUGAUGAGUUUGAAGAUUUAAGAUCCAUUUUGGUCCAGCAUAGCCACUACCUUCCUGAUUCAUUUAUCUUGGAUUCAUUUGUUGGAGGUUUGAAGCCUGCUGUUAAAUUGUUUGUUAGAGCUUUUAAGCCUACGAGUAUAGCUGAAGCUAUUACCUUUGCUAGGCUUAAAGAGGAGUCACUGGAAGUGGAAGGGACGAAAAUCUCUAAAUUUAGCCAUUAUACCAAUUCAGCAAAACCUCCUAUUCUGCCUACUCCUCAGAUUAAACCAUAUACUCAACAGAAGUUUAAUCUUACAAAUCAGACUGCACCUAAUAAAAACUUUAAGUACAUACCUGCUGACGUGAGGGCGGAGAAAAUAGCUAAAGGACUAUGCUAUUAUUGUGAUAAGCCCUAUGAGAGGGGGCAUAAGUGCAGUUUCAAGGAACACCAAUUAUUCACUGUUGAGGUACCUGCUGAGUUGCCCAAUCAGACUGAGGUGGAGGAAGAACUGGUAGAAAGUCCAGAAAGCCAAUAUGAAUUGAGUGAGAAGGGUGAAGGCUCAGAAGCUUGCAUCUCUGUACAAGCUUUAACGGGGGGCCAGAGUUACCAAACCAUGAGAGUAGUAGGCAUGUUGAAAUUGUUUCAAGACACAUUACCUACUGCGGUCCACAUCCCAGCAUGGUUCCAGGGGCAACAUGCUAGUAAACACCCUACUCCAGCAGCAAUUUUAGACAGAAGGAUCCAGAAGGUGCAGAAUACGGCUCAGGUGUAGUACUUGGUCCAGUGGGAAGGAUAUAGUGAUCUGGAAGCUACUUGGGAGCCAGCUGCAGAGUUCCAAGCUAGAUAUCCAACAUUUGCAGCUUCAGCACAGACUUGAGGACAAGUCUUUUUGAAGGAGGAGGCAUUGUUAUAGCUAGCUGACGUGGAGGUCUUGGUCAACG